AUGUUGAUUUGCAUCUGCCGGCUGACUGUCAAGUCAGAUUUGAGUCAUUCUGUUGUGACCACGAAGGAAGCCUCAGAGAUCGACCUGACAGCCGCACAAGGUGCUUGCGCCCCGGGUAUUCGGAAGGUGAAUUUUGUGUUUGAAGUUGAUGUUAAGAAGCUCAAGCACGGCAUCAUGCAUUCUCUGCAGUAUCCCAAAACUUGA